CAAAGACUUUAAAUGUGUUUCUGUAGAUGAUUCUACGAGAGUGAAGCUCACGUACCUGGAGGACGACCCCUGCUCCGACUACAUCAACGCCUGCUACGUACCUGGUAACAACUACCGGCGGGAGUACAUGGCCUCUCAGGGGCCGCUGCCCGGCACCAAGGAUGACUUCUGGCGGAUGGUUUGGGAGCACGGCGUCUACAACGUGGUGAUGGUGACGCAGUGUGUGGAGAAAGGACGGGUGAAGUGUGAUCAGUACUGGCCUGCAGACAGAGAGCCUCUGUACUACGGUGAGCUGGUCAUCCAGAUGCUGUCUGAGUCCGUCCUGCCGGAGUGGACCAUCCGAGAGUUCAAGAUCACCUCGGAGAGCGGCUGCAGUUACCCUCGAGUGCUGCGUCACUUCCACUACACGGUGUGGCCGGACCACGGAGUCCCAGAGAGCACCCAGUCCCUGAUCCAGUUCGCCAGGACGGUCCGGGACUACGUGGACCGAUCACCCAGCACCGGAGCCACCGUCGUCCACUGCAGUGCUGGUGUUGGCCGUACGGGGACGUUCAUGGCCUUGGAUCGGGUUCUGCAGCAGUUGGACUCUAAAGGAACCAUCGACCUGUAUGGAUGUGUGUUCGACCUCCGGCUGCACCGCCAACACAUGGUCCAAACUGAGUGCCAGUACUCGUUCCUGCAUCAGUGCGUCCGUGACGUCCUCAGAGCCAGAAAGCAUCGCAGUGAACAGGAGAACCCUCUCUACCCCAUCUACGAGAACUUCAACCCAGAGUACUGCCGCGACUUCAUCUACACCGGCCGCUGAACAGACGAUGACGUCAUCUCAACUCUCUGAGCUCAUGAGAACAUUAACGAUGAGUCAUGUUCACCGUGUCGCUGCUUUAACAUCAGGUUUAUGGAAGUUAAAUGUCGACUACAGUUCAGAAAGUAAACAAACAUUAAUAUCAAAGAAAAGUCUUUUAUUAGCUACAUUUUAAAGUGAAUUCAUAUUUAGUUCAAUUUGUGACCGGAUGGCGACUUUUAAAAAUCAAAAGUGUCUCAACAUCGUUUUCUAAAUGAUGUACGUUAAUGUGUCUGUUGAUUUCCUUCAGUGUUCAAGAGGAACACGAGCUGAUCUCAGGUCGUGUUUAAAUCUGACUUAAACUGCAGUUAUACUUAUUAUAUACGUAUUAUAACUUAUUAUCACUCACUGCUCCUUAUAAGCUGUUUAUUUAAAAGGUUACACAUAUUGCUGUAUGUAAAUAAUGAUGUAAUGCUCUUUUUAUAUAGAUGAUUAUAAACUGUACGUCAGCUAUUUUUAUGCUAAUAUGUAGUAUUGACAUUUUUCUAUUUAUCUCAUUUAUGAAAUCAAACAAUUGCAAGAAUUAAUAAACUUCUUUUUUCAGACUUACGAUAACUAAACAUUGAAUUGUUUAUUCUAAAAACCCUUUUUAUGAAGUUGUUUGUGUACUUUAGACAUAAAAAGAUUCUAAUAACGAGUCAAAGCUUUUCCUGCAUUUUAGAAAUAACAAUAUUUACUUUGUUUGAAUAUUUGAUGAAUUUGUGACAUGAUUUCCAGAUUUCUGCUCGUAAAACUAGUUGUUUGGAUUUAACUGAGGAUAUAAUGAUCAUGGUUUUUAAUCAUACACGGGUAAUUAUUGUGUUUUACGUGAUAUUAGUGAUUAAAGGUUUCCAUUACUCAUUCCUGGUGUAAUACAUAAACCAGUUGUAUUAUUCUGUAUAUGAUGUAAUCAUCGGCCAUAUAUGAGAUUUGUACGAUAAGAGAAUGUAGAUCAGUGUUAAACCUGCUUCAGAUCAGAGAUUGUUGGAUUAUUGAUGAUGAUUAAAGUAAAUAACCAACGAUGU